AUGUUUUGGAUCCGGAGAGAUUAGUACAGUGUCCGUAUAAUAAGCACCAUCAAAUCAGAGCCUGUCGGUUUCCCUAUCACCUUGUAAAGUGUAGGAAGAGCUACCCUGAAGUUGCAAAGAAGUUGGCCACGUGCCCCUUCAAUGCUCGCCAUCUAGUUCCUCGAGCUGACCUCAGCGAUCAUAUAAUGAAGUGCAAUGACAAAGGUUUCAUUGAGCAAGAUACAGUGAAUCAGUCCUCCGGCUUCCAGAGAGAGCAGAUGAAUGCUACAAGCACAUGGCAGGCACCUCCAUGUGAUGAAGACUGGGAAUCAGAGUCGCUGGAGCAGUCAGAUUCUCCUUUUGUUUGGGGCAUGACCAAUUCUGACAUAAACAGUACCAUCUCCGAACAAAAAAAUUACUUGCCUUCAGGAGUACGUGCCCCUGAGUCCUUCCCAUAUGCCAUAUCGUGGAAAGGCU